UCGUGUUUUCGUUAGAAGGCUUCAAUCGAUACGGCGGCAAGGAAUCGCCUUUCCCUCUCCUCUCCCCUUCCUCUGAUCCCGAAUCCCUCGUCACCCUCUUCCCUUUCUCUUCUCUGUCUCUCUCUCUCUCUCUUUCUCUCUCUCCUUCGAUUUCGAAUACGAAUCCAAAGCCCUUCUCGCGAUCGCUUCUCCCAUGGCAGCCAUCGGCAACAACAACAUUAAUGCCAAGCUCGUACUUCUUGGAGAUAUGGGGGCGGGCAAGUCGAGUCUCGUUCUUCGUUUCGUCAAGGGUCAAUUUCUUGAAUUCCAGGAGUCGACGAUUGGGGCCGCGUUCUUCUCCCAGACGCUGGCGUUGAAUGAUGCCACGGUGAAGUUUGAGAUUUGGGACACGGCGGGGCAGGAGAGGUACCAUAGCUUGGCUCCCAUGUACUACAGGGGUGCCGCUGCGGCCAUCAUCGUGUAUGACAUCACCAGCACGGAGUCUUUUGAGCGAGCUAAGAAAUGGGUGCAGGAGCUACAGAAACAAGGUAAUCCAAAUAUGGUGACAGCUCUAGCAGGCAAUAAAGCUGAUUUGGAAGAUAAGAGGAAGGUGACAGCUGAGGAAGGAUGCACAUAUGCUGAGGAGAAUGGCCUCUUCUUUAUGGAAACCUCUGCUAAAACUGCAACAAAUGUGAAUGACAUGUUCUAUGAAAUUGCGAGACGUUUACCCCGUGCUCUGCCAGCUCAGAAUCCAACAGGAAUGGUUCUUGCAGACAAACCUCCUGAGCGAUUGCAGACUUCAUCAUGCUGUGCUUAGGUGAAACGAAACCACGGAUGCUUUUGCAAGUGCAAGACACUGAAGACAGACAAGUUGAAGAUUUUGAUCUGUCCUGCCACCUGCAUUUGGGGAGGCUGCCAUUCCUGUUUAAUAUUCUCCUUUUUCUGGCUUUUGUAAAUGAGCAAUAUCAUGUUUACUUCACCCAAAGCCUCAAUACAAGAUGGGCGAAUUUGUGUAAACAGCAUUCUUUAACCUAUGUUGGUUUUUCUUGGAUAUGUUCUUGGAGAAGUAAAUAAAUAUAUCGAACCAAUUUCAUUUAA